CCAUGCUACUGGUUAACAUUCACAAUUGAAUGUAACGUGCACCUUUUCCAGGACACCGAGCUCAUAAUUGCCGACAAUUUUGCAUAAGCCAAGGUCUAACAUGGCCCUUUCGGGCCGCUUGGGGUUGAUGGCAGGCCCCACGGCGCCGCAUAUAGCAAUCCUGCCACCUCUUGUUCGGCGUGUUACCUCCAUUGGUCCAUGCGCGACACCGCAUCGCUUGGGAACAGGGUGUUGCAAGUGUUCCAGAAAUUUUACUGCUAAAGCAGCAAAUUCUACCUUGGAUGCGAUUGCGCCUGAGCCUGAAGAGCGGGAAUCGACGCCUAUGUCGCAGACGGCAGACGCACCAGGUAUCUUAAAGGCCCUUGACCGCUACAAAGCUCCGAAAUGGCUAUUCCGGUCCGUCGCCUGUCUGGUCCUGGGCGGGCAGGUCGUGCUGCGGAUAUUUAAAGGUAACAUCCACUGGCGUAACACGGUGGAGCAGCUGCGACUCGUAGGUCCCGCAUCUCUGGGUGUCUCGCUUUUGACAGCCGGCUUCGUGGGCAUGGUCUUCACCAUCCAGUUCGUUCGGGAGUUUGCCAAGCUGGGCCUUACUCGCUCCGUGGGGGGCGUGUUGGCUCUGGCGCUGUCCCGCGAGCUCACCCCCGUGGUGACGGCGAUCAUUCUGGCGGGUCGGGUGGGGUCGGCCUUCGCCGCGGAGCUGGGAACAAUGCAGGUCUCGGAGCAAAUGGACAGUCUGCGGGUGCUGUUCACGGACCCGGUGGACUACCUGGUGACGCCCCGGGUGCUGGCGUCCAUGAUCGCGGGACCCAUACUCAACGUGCUGUGCUUCUGUAUGGGUAUGGGCGCCGCCGUACUGCUUGCGGAUCUGGUGUACAACGUGCCUGCAAACGUCAUUGUUGACUCGGCACGCCGUGCGUUGACUUCGUACGACGUGUUGACGAGCAUGGUCAAGAGCUGGGUAUUCGGCACGGUGGUGGCAACGAUUUCGUGCGCCUGGGGCUUCACCACCAGCGGCGGGGCUAAGGGAGUUGGCGAGUCCACCACCAGCGCCGUGGUCAUAUCGCUGGUCACCAUCUUCAUCGCCGACUUCUUCCUCUCCUUCAUAUUCUUCCAGGGCCAGGGCACGGCGCUCAAACAGCUCAAGUAGCGAAGGGGGCGGCUGAUUGAGCUGGGAGGGGCCCCCUGGGGUGGGGUGGGGUGGGGUGGGGUGGAAUGAAGGGAUGUGAGGGUGUGGCGUUCCAAUUGAUUUGGUCUGGUGGGGGAGCUCCUCCAGGAGAGGCUCCCUUUGAUUUGAGGUGGCUAGAAAGAGAGACUCGGGACCCUUUGACAAGUGCGGACCGGACCCGGGGGCUUCCUGGGUUUGGAUUUGGAUCCUGAUGAACGCUGUUGGAUCCGAACUCGGACGGGGCGUUGGAGGGGGGUUACGGGCGGGGGGAAAGACUACGUCGGACGUCCCGGAGUCGUGUUUGCUGGCUUGGGAGUCCCUAGGGCCAUUUCGGGGGGGGGGUAAGCCUUGGGGUGUGUGCGCAAGUGAGGAUAUGCGUGUUGGUGUUGGUGUGUGUGGUGGGCGGGGUAGGUGAGCUGGCGGUAAUUACGUUUCUUGAGU